UGAUUUUUCUGGGAAUUGAAAAGCUGCCGGCAGAACAAACAAGCUCAAUCUCCUCUUGGAGCAGUUUUCAUAACCUGCAAUGUGGAAAGAUGAGAUGGCGGAGAGCUGAAGUUGUCCCUAAAAUGCCGUCAUCAUCGUUUCAUAACCUUCAGGAGCUGAGGCACAGUGCAUCGCUGGUGACGAAGGUGUUCGUACAGAGAGACUACAGCGAAGGAACCGUCUGCCGCUUCCAGACCAAGUUCCCCUCAGAGCUCGACAACAGGAUUGAGCGAACCUUGCUCGAGGAGACGGUGAAGACCCUGAACUCUUAUUACAUAGAGGCCGAAAAGAUCGGAGGUCAGUCGUACCUGGAGGGAUGUCUGGCUUGUGCAACAGCUUAUAUCGUCUUCCUCUGCAUGGAGACACGCUACGAGAAGGUGCUGAAGAAGAUAACAGGCUACAUCCAGGAGCAGAAUGAGAAGAUCUACGCUCCUAGAGGUCUGCUGCUCACAGACCCCAUAGAGAGAGGAAUGAGGGUUCUAGAGAUCAGCGUGUUUGAAGACCGGGGCUCGGGCAGCUCCAGUCCUAGCAGCAGCAUGUCGUCGGCAGGCAGCAGCGCCGCUCGGUGACUGGAGGGGCAGCGCCAGGCUUACGGGUACCACCACAGGGGCAGCGGGACGCUCACCAACAUCCGCAUGCUGAAACAUGAGAGCACCAGGUUCUAAGACAAGUGGAGAGCAAAAAAGGCGAGGAGGUGAUCCACAGCAUUCACACUCUCCCUGCUCGGGCCUACCAAGUACCACCACGAGAACAGGAGCUGGCUCACACAAACACACUGGAUGACAGAAUAAACACACAGAACCCACACACAGGCAGCAGACACAUGUACAAGCCAACAUCCAGAGUGUCUGUGAGGGAAUAUCUUUCACUCUCCAACAGCUAUCCUAACCCAAAUAAUCACCAUUUCUUUUGUUCCAGUUUUUCCUUUCACCUUUCCUCUCAUUCCAUCACGUCUGAGUCACAUCAUCUUCGUCGUAUAGCUGAUUCAGCAGGCUUACCCUUGAUUAGACUGAUGCUUGAUUGUUUUCAGGGGGGGGGGUCACUGUCACAAUGUCUAUCUGCUGGCGCAUUGGCAGUGUAGUCUUAGGUCUGUGCAGCAGCAGCUCUGAAAUCUGGAAAACCACCAGCCUCUUGGGAGAUCCAAUGUUCUCCGGUCUCGCUGAAUGAUUGCAUUCAUGUCGGGUGGUUAGGGUCAAGCCGCUUUGAAUGCUGGCAAAUUGGACCUACUGUGGGAUGGCUCUGCUCUAUGCUCUGUUCACAUGCAUUUGGCUUCAAUAUCAAACAGGGAACAGAGAGCACCUUGGAUUAUUUAUCCUUCUCAUUCACAGCAGUGGAUGCUAGUGAUCCACAUCACAGCUGUAGGUCACACUCCUACACACACACGCAUGCAAAUGUACACAACCGUGCCCAAGUACUCAGUCAGACACUAGCGAGGGGACAAGCACGCACAUGCAUAUGUACACACACCUGUGGCAAGUGGCCAUGCGUUCCUGCACACAGAUGCUGGCAGAGUUGGAGUUGACCUGGCCAGACAAUAUUCUCUGUGGUCUCAGCUCAUUGGGAACGCAAGCAAACCCCUAAGGCCCUGUAAGCCUGCGCUGGUUUCCGUGGUAGUGAGAACACGUACAGUAUCUGGUGUGUAUGUGUCUGUGCCGUCAGUCCCAACCUCACCUAGUGUGAUAUGAAAGCUUGCUGAUCAUUAAGGAGACGUCACAGAGUAAGGAUCAGUUUGGGUUGUUAUCUCUACAGCUGUUUAACGAUCACCAGUAUCACUACUACGUAUACAGGUGUGUAUAGGAGAAUCAGCGCACACAGACUUCAAUACCUGAAUCUCUAUUAGUCUGUCUAUGCUGCUCAUGUAGAUGCAGAUUAUUUCGAAUCAGUGCUCGAAGUGGGCCGGUACUCACCGAUACGCAGUGCCAGCACUUCUACAUUUUACCCUUUGGCAUACCGAGACUUUUUCUUGCUCACCGGCACUUCAUACAAGCUGCCGGUACUUUUCUCUGCCCUCUCCAUAUCUGGUUCUCUGGGAGAUUCAUAAUCAUAUGGCACAGCAGCAGCGUUUUUGCGCAGCCAAUACUAAGCCGUAUGAACAUAAAAACACAUGUAGGGGGAAUAAGAUGAUGAUGGGGUUGCUGUAAUAUCGAUACCAUAGCCUACGUCCUUCACGUCCCCAUUGUAGAAUAAUUGAUGAACUGUUCUUCAUAACUUUUUUGUUGUGAACAAAUAUAAUUAAUGGAACAUUAUUUAAAAGUUUUUGGAAUUUGCUCUUUUUCUUUAUUGAUUAUUAUUUUACAAUUUACAAUCUAAAAAUACAUUUACAAUUUUCCCAGAAGAAUUAAGAGGAAGGCUGAGAUUUCUGUAAAUAAUAAAAUAAUUAAUUAACUAUAGUAAGUUUUGUAUUUUAAGUGUUUUGGAGUUAUCUAUAGUAAUAAUAAUGGUCCAAAAUUAUGUAAAAUAGCAUAGUUUUAAGUCAAAAACCUUCAAAUCUUCUUGGGGAGGACCCAAACCCAAUACAUCCUAGUAUCUUUCAUUCACUGUUGAAAUUCGGAGUGUGUCUCUGUAUAAUAUGUAGGAGCACCCUGACAGGGCCACUGCUCCUAAAACCUGAAUGGACAGCUAACACACCUCAGCUCUGCAUACAUACCUGCCUGCCUGCCUGUCUGGCUGCUGUUGAUUCCAGCCUGUAGGCCUUCUAAUAUAUUAUAGAGAGAUACUAUAGGCUACAAAUAACACAGGAAAACACUUUAACUAUUAACACUAUGGGUAAAUAUACAAACACACCACCUCAACCGAGUAUUAUAGGCCUACUAUAGAAGAUGCGUAGCCAAAGUACAGUAUAUAACAUAAUAAUACAAUUACAACUGAUUAUGGUUGACACAGUAUCAUAUGCUUAAAGAAAUAAUACAUAAAUAAACGAAUAGGAACAAGAGAUUGCUGAUACUGGCCAAUACACACGGCAACUCGUUUUUUUCUCACUUCAAGCACUGUUUCUAAUUAUACAAAAUGCAAAAUUACAUCUAGACCAUAUUGGCAUUUGACAUGCACACAACAUCAUUGAGAAAUACAGAGAGAUGUCGAUGCGGAUGAAGAUUUCAUAUAUGAAAUUCAGUCUUUCAGUUCAUUGGUGCCAUCUGUCAUUAGUCAGUUUUGUAUCAUCAGAAAUGUCGGGGUCAACACACAGCCGUAGCUCCCUCUAGAGUCGGACUGAGGAACUUCUGAACUUCUGAAUGUAAAAUCACUAAAGUAGAUUGAGAGUAAAGACGAAGAUAGUAGAUUAAAAUAGUUUCUAGCUCCUUAAUGAAACCUAAUAUUCAUCUACUUAUUCACACUACUGCACUGCCCAACAGGUUCCCUUCUAGUACAAUGUCUUCAGUGCACACAAGACAAUGCAGCCAGAGGAGCAUAAAUUCUGGCUCUCUUUGUGGGAAAUAGUGCAUCCUGUCUGGCUUUUAUGUGUGUGUGUGCAGCCUGACGACACAAAAGAUGAUCAUUAUGUAGCAAAAAUGUUGAUGCCAGUAGACAGCACACCCACACAACGUCUAACAAAAGCCCUGUUUCAGUGUCUGCAUAUUUUAUUUCUGUUCCCACAGUCUCUGUCUUCUUCUUUAUUUCACCAUUUUCAGUUGUGCUGUCCUUAAACUCGCCUCAACAUGAUCUCCAAAUCAACUCUGGGAGUGUAGCCCUUUGCCUCUUCUUUAGCCACAUAGUUCGCUUUGAGCUAAACCCUCAGCAGAGCCCCUGCCUUGCAACCAGCCUCGUGUGCUUUCGACCAGAGCAGUAUCAAGUUGAAGUUAAACCGGAAAACUAGAAAGUCGUUGCAGAAUUUAAGACGUUUUGCUUCAGUCUCAGUGGAUAGUUUAAUUUCAACUCGACGUUUAACUACCUGGAUGAACCUGCCAGUUUACCACAGCGGUUGAGUUCAGCUGUGCUUGUGUUCAGCCUCCUGUUCUUUUUCGAUGCCUUCAUGUUUCAUCCCAGUGGAGUGGAUACCCGACCUGGGGCUGAUGGACUGACCAAUUAAAAACUGACUCAACACUGCCAAUAAGCGGAUAAAGGAGCUCAUUGGACAAUGUAUAAAGAAAAGAAAAAACAAUGAGUGUGUAUGAUCUGUACAGGAGAAGAACUGCACUGUACAUGCUUGUCAAUGAUUACC